UCGGCGGCAUUCCAUGCAGGGCAACUCCAGCUUUUUCCCUGGAAGCAGUUGGUUGCUUGGCUCGAGUUGUGUUGUCGGCUUCUCAAGAUGCUAUGUAAUCCCGAGAGCGUCCCAACCCAAUGUUCCUCGCCGAUAUCAAAACCUGCUUACCUCGGUGACUUGUUGACCGUCCUGCUUUCCGUCGCCGUGUUUUCGAUAGUAGCGAACAAGUAUUGCCGUCAACUAAGAGGAGUUCGAACGGAUCAGAUUGAAGCAACCUCUACUGAGCACUGCCAGAGAAGAACGACCUAUCUACAGCUACCUAUCCACAAACGCAUGCUGUUGUCAAAGGAUCGUUGCGUAAACUGUACAGCGGCGACUGUGCGGCUUAUAAGAAUAGAUCGCGAGUCGCGGCAAUGGCCCUCGAAAGUCCAAAGGUCAUCCCGUCUUUAAAGGAGACGCGUAAGCGACUCAUUCUCAUGAGAGACAGGAGAAGGCACGACUUCGCAUUCAGUUGCGAUUCUCCCAUGGGA